CCAAUGAGGUUUCGACAUCGGUGGAAGUGGUGAAUUUGAAAGUGUUGCAUGGUAAACAUAGAUUUUCAUCCCACUUUUAACUCUAAACUGAAGGAUUAUUGUACGUUUUAAAACCACAACCAGAUCCCCACAAUCAGGAAUGGAGGAGGAGGAGCACACUGAUAGAGGGAUGCAGUUUGCUCUGCUCUGUCAGAAGCUGCAGAAUAUUCAAAGAAACAUCAAUGAUGAUGACACAGACAACAUCAACAAACUCAUCACAUCAAACUCACCAGACUCCUGCCUCACCUAUCUCACAAAUCUGGAGAAGAAAGGAAAUCCACAUGCGGACCGUAUUCUGCUGAACAAGUUAAUGGAUUGCUACUCUCAAGUGUUUUGCCACAUGCCUAUGGGGAAAUACUGUCAAAACCAAAGCUAUGCACGUAUGUUGGUCAGAUUUGCAGAGCUGAAAGCGAUCCAAGAUGUCAGGGAGGCUCCCGAUAACUUCAAUGUGGCAAUCUCCCACUGCCAAGACUUUGCAUUUGUCCACAUAGCCUACGCCCAAUUUGAACUGAAUCAAGGUAAUGUGCAGAAAAGCGCACAGAUUCUCCAGAGAGCUUAUGAAAUGGAUGCAAAGCCGACAGAACUGCUGCAAGCUGCAAUGCAGAACCUAAAGGCUGGCAGAAAUCCUCUGUCACUCCACGGCGACAAAGAGAACAUUGCAGCAUUGACUGGUGGAAAUGGGCUGGAGGCUUUCAGAGCUGGCUCAGACUUGAGCAGGGGGAUUCACAAGUCAGACCAAUAUGGGGAGUCGCCACCGUUAAGCAUUAUGUCCUCAGGGACUGAAUCAAGAACCACUUCAAAUGAAGAGCAGAUACCAUUUUGGAGGUCCAGUUCACAUCACAAGAGGCCCUCUGCCGCUAUGCCUGGUAGAGUCCCACUUAUUCCUCUCGCUUCCCCUGAGGACGAUAGAGAUGAUAUGAAACACUUGAAUAAGAGUGAGAUGCCUCACCUCAAUGGAAAUAUAUGCAGGACGGAACCACGAGCCUCUUCAAAUGAAGAGCAGAUAGCCUUUUGGAGGUCCAGUUCACAUCACAAGAGGCCCUCUGCUGCUAUGCCUGGGAGAGUUGCUCUUCUUCCUUUCUCUAUCCCAGAGGAUGACAGUGACGAUUUGAAACACACAAAUAAGAGUGAGAUGCCUCAUCCCAAUGGAAUUAUGAGCAGGCAGACGUCCGGGUCACGGGUGAACACUGCGUUGGCCUUCUCGGAGAGCAAGAAGAGCAGCUGGGAGGGCGAGUUGAGCCUCAAGCCUGUGGCUGUUAGUCCAGAGUCUCGUCCAUGGGAAGAUAUCGCUGCAGAAUCUACCACCACACUGCUUCACCGAGCAGACAAGAAAAGCACCAGCCCACCAGAAGACACGACGGAGAGGAUGAACCUGGUGAUUGGCUCCAACUCGCCCGAGUCGUGCUGGACGUACCUGUUGGGGCUGGAGAGGAUGGGGGACCCACGCUCUGACUCGGCCCUGCUCACACGGCUGCUCCAGUGCUACUCCAGAGUGUUCGCCAAGCUGCCCCUCAGCAAACACAGCAAGAACGAGAGCUACGCCAGGAUGCUGGUCCGCUUCGCAGAGCUGAAGGGCAUUGAGGAUCCUGAUGAAGCACAGGACAACUUCAUUGUGGCCAGAUCCAACAGCAGAGAUUUUGCAUUCGUCCAUAUUGCCCAUGCUCAGUUUGAGCUCUCGCAAGGAAACAAGAGGAAAAGCACUUUAAUACUACAGAAAGCUCUUGGGUUGAAGGCCAAACCCAUCGAAACAUUAGAACUGGCCCUGCAGAAUUUGAAGGCAGGGAAAACACGGCUUACCUCUGCUGAGGAUAAGGAGAACAUUGCAGAGCCAGCAGCCCCAACCUUGUCAGCGCUUCAGAGGGAUUGGCCGGAGAGGAAGGAGGCGAAUGCACCCCAGCCGCCCGCCAGCCAGGCCCCCCAGAAACCCCUCAUGGAGAGACCCUCCUCGGAGUGGAAACUCCCUGCUCGAAUCCCUAGAUAUGUUUCUCCAGAGGACAAGAAGCCCCCUAUGCCCCCGCUGCGUACCCCUCGACUGGUGGAUCCGCUGCCCCCACCCUCCUCUCACAUUCCCACCAGACUCGGCACGGGCAUCUCCUGCCAGACCCCCAACUACAAGGACCUGCCCCCCAACAGCUUCGUAACACCUGUCAUGAAACAAAGACCACAAGUGGUGCCCACAACGCUACAGAGCAGCCAGCCCAGCCAUACCCCUCUCCCUCAAACCCCUCAGAACCGGGUGUCAACUGUUCAGCAGACGCCCCAGGGGUCCGUGUUCUCCAAUGAGUCCAUCACCAUAAAAGGUCAGCAGUUUUUCAUUCUGAAGAUGAUCGGCAGCGGGGGAUCCAGCAAGGUGUAUCAGGUGUUGGAUCACAAGAAGCAGCUGUACGCCAUUAAGUAUGUGGACCUGCAGGAGGCAGACACCCCGACGGUGGAGGGCUACAAGAACGAGAUCGAGCACCUCAACCACCUGCAGCAGUACAGCGAGCAGAUCAUCAAACUCUACGACUAUGAGAUCACUAGCAGCCAUAUCUACAUGGUGAUGGAGUGUGGGAAUCUGGACCUCAACACCUGGUUGCGCAAGCGGAAGACUGUGAACGCGCUGGAGAGGAAGUUCUACUGGGGGAACAUGCUGGAGGCAGUGCAGACCAUCCACAAGCAUGGAAUCGUCCAUAGUGAUCUGAAGCCAGCCAACUUUGUCAUUGUGAACGCCUCGUUGAAACUCAUCGACUUUGGCAUCGCGAAUCGCAUUCAACCAGACACGACGAGCAUCAUGAAAGACAAUCCGGUGGGCACGCUGAACUACAUGCCUCCAGAGGCCAUCAGGGACACCUCGGCCAAAGCGGGGCAGGAGGGGACUUCAAAGAUCAGUCCCAAAGGUGACGUGUGGUCCCUGGGCUGCAUCCUGUAUUGCAUGACGUAUGGGAAGACCCCAUUCCAGAGCAUCACCAACCAUCUGGCUAAGAUGCACGCCAUCAUCGAUCCAAAGCACGAGAUUGAGUUCCGGGACAUUUCUGAGAAAGAUCUGUUGGAUGUCCUUAAGAGGUGUCUGGUGCGCAACCCGAAGGAGAGGAUCUCGAUUGCCGAGCUCCUGGGGCAUCCUUACCUCCAGAUCCGGUCACAACAGCCUCCCACUCCUCCUGAACCUGAGAAGCCGUGCAGUGAGGACCUGAAGAGGAUCCUGAAUGAGCUGGCUGCCCUGCAGUCCCCCAACAGCAUCGCCAGGGCUGCCAGUAAUUUGGCAAAAAUGUGCAACAGUGGGAAAAGGUUGGACGUUGCUGAGUGUGUCAAAACGUCCAGUCAGACCUCCUGGAAGAUUUGAGGAUAAUGGUAGAGAACAGGGUCUGUCCACCUUUUGCCAACCACCUCAGGAAUCCUGAAUAUCCGUAUUGUGUAUAUCAAUCUAUCUGUUAUCUGUUUACGCUAUCUGUGUCUAGGCCUAACCUCUCACAUAGAUUUUAGAUGGGCGACACCCUAAUGUGCUAAACUCCAGUCACAACUUCUCCAACCAACCUGCUUUUAAAAUAAUUCCGCCUUUUUGAGAUGUCAUCCUUCAACUGCAACUUGGACAAGCCACUACUAAUUUAGUGUACCUUUUUAGUAUACCAUAUUUUUUUAGUUUCGCCGGCUCAUUUUUUAUGUUAUGUGUAAAACAUGUUAUGUUUUGUUUGUUGAAAAGAAAGAAUAAAUUCCUUUUUGAUCUACAA